AUGCAUGUGGCCACAUUCUUGGUGGUGCUAUCCCUGCUAAUGGAUAUAUAUAUAUAUUUAAGUGGCGUUGGUUUAAGACAUCCGGUUAUUACCCUACAGGUCUCAUUAAGGGCCGUGUCAACAUGUUUUGUACGUUUAGAUUGGUUCCAUACUGGGCUAGCAUACUCACCAGCGGAGAAACAAAGUGCUAGUCCAGUAGUACGGAUUGUGUUUGGAGUUGCACCUCACUUGCUACCUGCUAGUUUCCGUAUAGAUAUGAUAUUCCUAUCAUAG